AUGUUGCUGAAGCCCUCUGCCAGUGAGUAUCUGGAGAGCAAAGGUGGGGAAGCUGCUAGAGAACUGAGCCAGUUUGCAGACAAUGCUUAUUGCACUGAAAUGCUGAAGAAGUUUGAAAGUGCAGCAAAAUUAGUAUAUGGUCAGGAGUGGACAAUAGUACUUGAUAUUCAGAAUCGCAUGCAGUUCCUCUGUACUGCAUGCAACAAAGAGAUGAACAGUGUUAAUGCCAUGGCUGACCACACCCAUUCUGGAAAUCACAUAAAGGUCUUCAAAAUGUUGAAGAGCUCAGAGAGACUGAAACCGGAAUGCCGUACUUCAAGUGUAACCUGUGUGGCAGCCACAGUAAAAUGGAGGCAAUGUUCAAACACCUGAUUGGUGGCGCGCACACACAGAACUAUGUAAAAUUGAAGUUUGAUGUGUUUCCUUACCUCUCGUCUGGAGAUCGUGAGAAGUACACAAGGAUCCUUCUAGACCACGAAGGAUCGAGGAUUGAAGAUAUGAGAACAAUUAUAGGUAAACAAUUUUAUCCAUAUAGAUGGAAGAACGAUGUGGAUCCCAAUUUUAGAAAAUUGUUUGGGGAUAGAACCUCAAGGCAGAUUCAGUCAGUGGAUGAUGGCGACCACAGAGGCAGAAACAUUGGGGCUGCCAGGGCAUUUUCAAAAGCUGUCAAGGAAACUUACACAACAAGAAGUGAUAAAUUGAAGAAAUCUAGAGUUGACUGUACCAGCCUAUAUUCUUCCUGUGCUAGUUUAAACAGUUCAGAUAUGGCAUUUGAACAAAUUAUGUUAGAUGGAGAUGAUCAAAUAGAGAAGUUAAUGGAUCAUAUUUAUCAAGAAGAGAAGAAAGAAAAGGGAACUGAUAUCAAUCCACUUCAAAAUGAAGGCUACAAAGUGGCAGCUUUUAAGCUCAUGUAUAUUUUGAGUGUGGAAGAGUAUGAGAAGACUCAGGCUGACAUUACCAAAUAUGACGACUCUGCUCAAAAAAUGUUACUAGAGUCCCAUUUAAAAAACUCAUCUAAGAUCCUGGGAAUUCUGCAAAGUAAAUUGGGUCAUAAAGUGCAGUAACACAAUGGUCUACAUCCUCAGCUAGCCAUCGAGGGAUCCUGGCUCACUCCACGGGUGGGGAGGAAUGAUUGGGCAUGUUUCCUUAAACCUAACAGUCAAAAUGUGCCUGGAAGUCUCAUAUUAUAUCAGUUAAAGUUUAAUUUGUAAUGGAAAAAUUAUAUUUAUAUUUUUGUUCAUCUUAGUAUUUAUUAAAAGGUCUUUGUUUACAAAUCACCUUUCUUAAUUUAUCCUGCAGGAGCAAUUGGCAUUUUGACUGUUAUUUGAAAUUUUAAAGGAAAGAAUAUUAUUAGAUUAGCCCUUCAGAGACUUAACUGAUUUACCCGAGGGUCACUACCACUAGUCGCCUCGACGAGGACAGGAAGCCGGUGGCUUGUUGAAUGUCCCCCCCCCCCCCCCAUUUGCCUUUAUAAUCUUUUCCAGUUUGGUUUUGAAAUUUAAAAAUAGUCUUGUCAUUUAUGGCCUUGGUGGGAAGGCUGUUCCUUGUCUAAAAUAUUUUUAUAUUUCACCCACAGACUGUUUAAAACUCUGUGGGUGAAAAAGCAUCUCCUGUUCUCGGUUUUAUAUUGUGGCUUGUUGAGCUUGAAACUGUUGCUCCUUGUUUUUGUCACCUUAGACAUUUUAAAGAAAUUUUCUAGAUCAACAUCCAGCAAAUUGUUCAGUAUUUGAAAAGUUCUAUGAGAUCUGCCCUGUCAUGCCUGGUUUGCAGUGUUGUUACCCAUGUGGCCCUCAACCGUUCCAGAUAUUAGAGAUGACUUGA